AUGGCCUGUUUGAACAUUAACAAUCUCGUCAAACAUUUUGACGAACUUAGGGUCUUUCUUGCUGAGUUUUCAUUUAAUAUUCUGGCAAUUAAUAAAACCAAACUUGACGAAUCCAUAAAAAGUUCCGAACUCCAUAUACCAGGCUAUGAAUUUAUCCGUCGUGGCAGAAAUAGACAUGGUGGAGGGGUAGGUUUUUUCAUUAAGUCUCCUAAUUCUUAUAUAGUGCGCUCCGAUCUAGACGUGAUUAAUCUUGAAAAUUUAACUAUGGAAAUUCGUAAACCGAAUUCUAAGCCAUUUCUAGUAGCGACAUGGUACAGACCUCCCUGUUCUCCAACCGAUUUAUUUUCGAGUUACGAGUCAUUUAUAGGCAAAUUUUCGACCUAGAGUACUAUUUGUUAGGUGACUUAAAUUGUAAUUUGCCCUCUCCUACACCUGAUGAAAAUACUCAUCGUUUACUCGAGAUUUCGGAUUUAGAUGGGCUCAAACAACUGAUAAAUGAACCAACGCGUGUUACAGAAUCCUCAUCUACACUAAUUGAUUUGAUCUAUACAAUUUACGUAGACAGGGUAGGCUGUUCCGGUGUCUCCCGUAUUGCCAUCAGCGAUCAUAGCCUCGUCUAUGUUUACCGGAAAAUAUCUUCUGAUUUACCAUCCAAGGGACACUCUUCCAUCUUCUACAGAAAUUUUCGAAAUUUUGAUCGUGAAAAUUUUCGAAAUGAAAUCUCUCAACAAGACUGGUCGUUCAAUGAAUCAGAAUAUCUAAAUUUGGCAUGGUCUAACUGA